GAUGAUUACAUCAAGAGUUGGGAGGACAACCAAGCAGGAGAUGAAGCCCUGGAUACCACGAAGGACCCUUGCCAGAAAGUGAAAUGCAGUCGACAUAAGGUUUGCAUAGCCCACGGCUACCAGAAAGCUAUGUGUAUAAGUCGCAAGAAGUUGGAACACAGAAUUAAGCAACCCAGCUUGAAACUCCAUGGGAGCAAAGACAACCUCUGUAAACCCUGUCAUGUAACUCAGCCUGCAUUGGUGUGUGGUUCUGAUGGCCACACGUACACCUCUGUGUGUAAACUGGAGCAGCAGGCAUGCCUGAGCAGCAAACAGCUGACUGUGAAGUGCCAAGGUUCUUGUCCAUGUCCAACAGAGAACUCUCCAACCACGACCACCACCACCACUAGAGAGACAUGUACUGGGCAGGACCUGGCGGACCUUGGAGACCGUUUACGGGAUUGGUUUCAGCUGCUUCAUGAGAACUCCAAGCAGAACAGUACAGCAGCUGCAGGAGUGAAACAAGUGAAUGUGUUAGACAAGACCUUAGUGGCCAGCUGCAAAGACUCAAUAGGCUGGAUGUUCUCCAAGUUGGACUCCAACAAUGACCUCUUUUUGGACCAAGCUGAGCUGGCAGCCAUCAACCUUGACAAGUAUGAGAUCUGCAUCCGGCCCUUCUUCAACUCCUGUGACACUUACAAAGAUGGGCGAGUGUCCACUGCUGAGUGGUGCUUCUGUUUCUGGAGAGAAAAGCCUCCAUGUCUUGUGGAACUUGAGAAAGUGCAGAUCCAAGAGGCUGCUAAGAAAAAACCUGGGGUUUUCAUUCCCAGCUGUGAUGAAGAUGGCUACUACAGGAAGAUGCAGUGUGAUCAGUCCAGUGGGGAGUGCUGGUGUGUGGACCAGCAUGGAUCUGAGCUAACUGGAACAAGGAUACAUGGAAAUCCAGAUUGUGGUAAGCUCUGCCAACAAGGAUACUUAGACAUACAGUAUACAGUUGAAUGCAGUCAGCUAUCAGUGCAAGAGUGUAGUAGUUUAAAUGGCUCACUGACAUAUCAUCUAUAA